AUCUCACUUCAAGACAUAAGCUUUUCUUCACAAAAAACACCUCAAGUUUCUAGUGACUCAGUCAAUCACCUUCACAGCUCGAGACGAGGAACACCGAGCUAAAAUGGCCUCAGCAUACUCCCCAGCUCAAAUCGAGCAGUACGAAGAGCACGUCUCUCUCCCCCUUCGCUUCAAAAACGCAUCCAACCCCCCUCUCGGCACUGCCUAUCUCACAGCCCUGCACAUCCACCAAAUCAGCAGCGUACCCUACGAGAACCUCCUCCUACACUACUCAACCCACCACACCGUCUCCCUACAUCCACAAACCCUCUUCCAGAAAAUCGUGACUGAUAAGCGAGGACGAGGAGGGUAUUGCAUGGAAAACAGCAUCUUUUUUAAUCACGUGCUCCGGGCUUUGGGUUUUACGGUUUAUACAGCUGGUGUGAGGAUCAGGCCGCGAGUUGGAGGUGUUCCGGGUGGGGAUUAUAUUGGGUGGGUCCACAUAGUAAACAUCGUCACCCUCCCCUCAGGCGAAAAAUGGAUGCUAGAUGUCGGUUUCGGGGGCGACGGGGCCACAAAACCACUUCCCCUCAUCUCCGAACACGUAACCCAAAACCUAGGAACGCAAGAAAUCCGUCUCUUACAUAGCGCGAUCCCUCAACAGGUGGACUAGAGUCAGAAACUCUGGAUCUAUCAGUACCGCAAUGAGAAAGACAAGGAGUGGAACUCCUUCUAUGCAUUCCCUGAAGCCGAGUUUUUGCCUGCAGAUUUUGAAGUCAUGAGCUUUUUUACGAGUCAAAGUACGGGGGAGACGAAUUUUCAGACCAGGACUGUGUUGAUUGUUAGAUUUUUGUUGGGGAGGGUUGGGGAUGGGAAGGAAGAAGGAAUUGUAGGGAAGGUCAUGCUUGUCAAUGGGGAGGUGAAGAGAAAUGAUGGGGGGAAGACGAGAGUGGUUAUGACGUGCAAGAAUGAGGAGGAGAGGGUGAAUGCUCUUAGGAAGCACUUUGAAAUCGAAUUGACGGAGGAGGAGAUUAAUGGAAUUAAGGGGAGAAAUGUGGAAUUGUUGGGAGAAAAUUAGAGACCCCAGUGAAGAGUGCUAGAAGAUUUAGACUUGCUUUUUCGAUAGACUAGACUGCCUUGCAAUAUAAUUAAUAUUUCAC